AUGUCUCAAAAAUGGAAUGAAAAUAAAAAAAAUAAAGAUGAAAAAGAUGAAAACGAUAAAUAUGUUGGUUUCAAAAAUUAUGAAAAGGAGGGUUGGUUAUUAAAUAUGCAACCUGGAUCAUCAAAAGAUGGACUUGAUAUUGAAAAAGCUUCAUUAGAAUUAUUUUUUAUUCAAGAUGAUGCAACAUCAUUUAGAGUAUGGAUACCUUAUAAUCCAUAUUUUUAUAUUUAUGUAAAGGAAGGUCAUCAAUCAGAAGUAGAAUCAUAUUUAAAGAGUACCUAUGAAAAAGAUAUAGCAGGUAUUGAUAUUAUGGAUAAAGAGGAUUUAGAUUUAGAGAAUCAUUUAUCAGGUUUAAAAAGAAAAUAUUUAAAAAUUCGUUUUCAUAACGUUUCAACACUUUUAUCAGUUCGUAAUGAUUUAUUCCCAAUCAUUAAAAGAAAUAAACAAAAAUCAAAUACAAGUGAAGCAUAUGAAGAUGAAUCAUUAAAUAAAAUUUUAAAUUCAUAUUAUAAUAAAGGAAAUAAUAAUAAUAAUAAUCAUCAAAAUUAUAAUAAUAAUAAUAAUCAAAAUAAUAAUAAUUUUAAUAAAGAAUUAAAUAAAGAUGAUAAUAAUAAUAAUAAUAGUAAAUUAAAUAAACAAGCAACUGAAUAUAUAUUAGAUAUUAGAGAAUAUGAUGUACCAUAUUAUGUUAGAGCAGCAAUUGAUUUAAAUAUUCGUGUUGGGUUAUGGUAUACAGUUAUAAAGAAUGGUAGAUUGACAACAGUGAAUGAAUUAACGACUCGUGUUGAUAGACCUGAUCCAAAAGUGUUGGCAUAUGAUAUUGAAACUACUAAGCUACCUUUGAAAUUUCCAGAUUCUUCAAUUGAUUCAAUUAUGAUGAUCUCUUAUAUGUUGGAUAAACAAGGUUAUUUAAUUGUAAAUCGUGAAAUCGUGUCUGAGGAUAUCAAAGAUUUCGAAUAUACUCCAAAGCCUGAAUAUUAUGGCCCAUUCACCGUUUUUAAUGAACCCGAUGAGAAAUCAGUAUUGGAGAGGUUUUUCAGUGAAAUUAAAAGAGAGAAACCCCAUAUAUUCGUAUCGUACAAUGGUGAUAUGUUUGAUUGGCCUUUUGUUGAAAGUAGAGCAGAGUAUCAUGGUUUGAGUAUGUUUCAUCAGAUUGGAUUUAGAAAUGAUAAUGGCGAGUAUAGAAGUAAGAUCAACCCUCAUAUGGAUGCAUUUUGCUGGGUGAAGAGAGACAGUUAUCUUCCACAUGGCAGUCACGGUUUGAAAGCGGUCACAAGAGAAAAGUUAAGAUACGAUCCAUUAGAGUUGGAUCCAGAGUUAAUGUUAAAAUCUGCUCAAGAGGAUCCUGAAACUUUAGCAAAUUACUCAGUUUCCGAUGCAGUUGCAACUUAUUAUCUCUAUAUGAAUUAUGUUCAUCCAUUCAUUUUCUCACUUUGUACAAUUAUUCCAAUGAAUCCAGACGAUGUGCUUAGAAAAGGUUCAGGUACAUUAUGUGAAGCCUUGUUAAUGACUCAAGCUUUUAAAGCUGAUGUAAUAUUUCCAAAUAAACAUAAGGAUGAUAUUAAUAGUAUGUAUAAGGGUCAUUUAUUAGAGAGCGAGACUUAUGUGGGUGGUCAUGUAGAGUGUUUAGAGUCUGGUGUAUUCAGAUCAGAUAUUCCAACUAAUUUCUCAUUAGACCCUGCUUCAAUUGAAAAGCAUAUGGGUAACAUUGAUCAAGUUUUGAAGUUUGCAUUGAAGGAGGGCGGCAUUCCAUUAGAUACCGUUAGUAAUUAUCAAGAAGUGAAAGAAGACGUAUUAAAGAAAUUCACAUUGUUAAAAGAGAAUCCAAAACAACAAUCACAUCCAUUAAUUUACCAUCUUGAUGUGUCUGCUAUGUAUCCCAAUAUUAUUCUCACCAAUAAACUUCAACCAACUGCAGUGGUCAAUGACGAGGUUUGUGCCACUUGUGUCUACAAUAAACCAGAGUCUCAAUGUCAACGUACUCUCGACUGGCAAUGGAGGGGUGACUAUUCACCAUCGAAUCAGUCAGAGUAUCGUUUAAUUCUACAACAAUUGGAAUCUGAGAAAUUUGGUGAUGGAGAUGAAAGAAAAUCAUUCUUAUCACUAAGUGAAGAGAAACGUAAUGAAUUAUUAAGAAAACGUUUAAAAGAGUACUCUAGAAAAGUCUAUAGAAAAACCCAUCAAAUCACACAAGAAAUUCGUUCCGACACUAUUUGUAUGCGUGAAAAUUCAUUCUACGUCGAUACUGUACGUCUAUUCCGUGAUCGUCGUUAUGUUUUCAAGAAUCAUCAUCGUGAUUGGAAGAUAAAGUAUGAUCAAGCAAUGCAAGAAUCUGGUGGUACCAAUAGUGUUGCUGUGGUAGCUGCACAAGGUAUGGUUGUACUCUAUGAAAGUCUUCAAUUAGCUCACAAGUGUAUUCUAAACUCUUUCUAUGGUUAUGUAAUGAGAAAAGGUGCUCGUUGGUAUUCUAUGCAAAUGGCAGGUAUUGUAACACAUACAGGUUCAAACAUCAUUAAAGAAGCAAGAGAAGUGGUAGAGCAAAUGGGUAGACCAUUAGAGAUUGAUACCGAUGGUAUUUGGUGUAUACUUCCAUCACAUUUCCCAGAGAAUUACACAUUAAAAUCAGCCAGUACUGGUAAAAAAGUUACUUUUUCUUACAUUUGCGAAAUGUUGAAUGAAAAAGUUGCAAAAAGUUUCACAAAUCAUCAAUACCAAGAUUACAAUGCUGAAACCAACACUUAUACAAUUCGUGACGAAUGUUCCAUUCUAUUCGAAUGUGAUGGUCCUUAUCGUUGUAUGUUAAUUCCAACUAGUAAAGAGAAAGAUGUGAAAUUAAAGAAACGUUACGCUGUAUUCAAUCGUGAAGGUCGUAUUUGUGAAUUAAAAGGUUUCGAAAUUAAAAGACGUGGUGAAUUGAAAUUGAUUAAACUUUUCCAAUCUGAAGUGUUUAAAGAAUUUUUAGGUGGUGAUAGUUUGGAAGGCUGUUAUCAGUCGGUUGGUGCCGUUGCAAAUCGUUGGUUAGACAUUCUAGAUAGUCAUGCUGAAAACUAUGAAGAAAAGGAUCUAAUAGAACUAAUUACCGAAAGUAGUAAUAUGAGUAGAAAAUUAGAAGAAUAUGGUACACAAAAGAGUUCAGCUAUUAGUACUGCCAAAAAGUUAGCAGAGUUUUUAGGUGACGAUAUGAUCAAGGAUAAAGGUUUAUCAUGUCAAUACAUUAUCUCCAAUAAACCAGCCGGUUCACCAAUUACUGAACGUGCUUUACCAGUUGCAAUUUUUGAUGCAGAUUUUGAAACUCGUUGUCAUUAUCUUAGAAGAUGGACAAAAUCUCCAAGUGGUGAUUUAGAUAUUCGUGAAUUAAUCGAUUGGGAUUAUUAUCGUCAACGUUUAUCUGGUGUAAUUCAAAAAAUUAUUACAAUUCCUGCUGCACUUCAAAAUGUUACAAAUCCAGUACCACGUGUUAUUCAUCCAGAUUGGAUUUUAAAAGAAAUUAGAAGAAAUGAAGAUGGUCGUCAACAAACUUCAAUUACUUCAUUUUUUGAAAAAACUGAAGAUAAUGAUCAAGACAAUGAUAAUGAUAAUGAUAAUGAUAACGAUAAUGAUAAUGAUAAUUCGAAACCACAACAAACUGAUGAUAUUGAAAAUAUGUUUUCAUCAAGAUUUAAAGAUUUACCAGCAUUUAAUCCAAAAGUUACUAAAUUUAAAAGAAGUAAACAAUCAUCAAGUGAUGUUUCAAGUCUUUUAAUUAAAAAAUCAAAAUCAUCAAUUGAAACAUUUACAAAUGAACAAGAAAAACAAAUUAUGGAAACUAAAACACCAUCUAUUGAUAAAGAUUUCCAAGGUUGGUUAUCAAUAUCAAAAAAGAAAUGGAAAAUUCAACGUUUAUUAAAAAAGAGAAGACAAAGAUUAGGUGGAUCAUUAUUUGAUAGUGAUAGUUUUAGAAUUGGUUCAAAAUUAACAAAUAGAGAAAGUUCAUCAUCGUCAUUCUUUAAGAGUCAAUCAGAUAUAAUUAAAAAAGGAUAUUGGAAUAUUAUAUCGAUUGAACCAAUUUAUGGCGGUGAACCAGGUAUUUAUCAAAUGUGGUCAUUGAUUGAGGAUCAAUUGAUACCAAUUAAAGUUGACAUUGGUAGAGUGUUUUAUUUAAAUUCAAUUGAUACCGAUCCAUAUGAAGAUGCACAAAAGAAUACAAAUGUAAUACCACCAAGAGGUAAACAAAGAUUUAAUGUUUUUUCAGUGACAAUGAGUGAAAGUCAAUUUUUAGAACAAUCAAAGGAAUUGAAUACACUAUUCACCAAUCCAAUGAUUGAGGGUGUCUAUGAAACAAAGGUACCAUUGGAUAUUAAAGCCAUUAUUCAAUGUGGUUGUGUAGCUACUUUGUCAAGAGUAUCACCAUUCUUUACUAAAAUAGUCAAUAGUAACACAAGAUUCUCUUUGGAGGAUAUCGCUUCAAAACCUGAUAAACAAUUUCAUUAUCUUGCAGAACAUAACUUUAAUCAACUCUUUUUGUAUCAUAAUAGUCGUGAUGGAAAAGACGGUUAUUUCGUUCUUUUCAAUAUGAAUACUCAACAAUGUUCAGUUAUUUUCUCAAAUCCUUAUAUGGCCGCCAACAAAAUCGAUGCAAGAGUAUUGAAUUCCAUAAAGGAGAAACUACCAGAAAUCACCUUUACAAUGGACCAAAAAUCAAGUAUGUCUUUGGCAAAAAAAGAAAUUGGUUCAUUAAUUAUGGAAUAUCAACGUAAAGGUUUACCAACUAUCAUUCUACUACAAGUUCCAAAUGCAAUUGGAAUAUUGGAACAAAUUCCAAUACUUAGAGAAUUCCCACGUGUACCAGUACCUUACCAUGACAACGAUUCAAUGUAUUCACCAUUCAAUUGGGAUGUUCAUUCAUUGAAACCCUUACCAUUACGUUUAAUGGAUGCACCAAAACUUUGGGUUUACUAUGCAAAUAUGUCACGUUAUGCAAAUAUACCCAUUGGUAAUAUUCCAACUGAUAAUGCAUCAUUCAUGUGUGAUAUUCUCUAUGCUCGUUCUUUGGUUGAACAAAAACAUCUCCUUUGGAUGUCUGAUUCAAACUUCCCAGAUUUAGGUGGUUCAGAAGAAGAUGAUGCAAAAUUCUAUGAAGAAUUAAAUAAUGUUGAAAUUAAUAAUUCAGAUUGUUAUAAUCAAGUUUGUUUCGAAUUGGAUAUUGAAAAUUUAGCAACAAAUACAAUCUUGGAAUCAAUUCAUUUGGCUGAAAUUGAAGGUAUUUUAGGUAAUGAAUUAGGUGAUGAAUCAAAUGUUGCAAUGUUUGAUGAUAUUAAAAAUACUUCAAAUAAUUCCAAUACCAAAAAUGGUGCAAAUCAAAAUACUACAAAUGAUACAACAUCAUCAUUUGAUAAAUUAUCAAUUACAAAUAAAUUUAGAUCAGCAAUUAAUCAUCAAAUUAGUGGUUGUGAAAAAGAAUUUAAUAUUCUUAGAAAUUUAGUAUCAAAAUGGAAAUUGGAUUUAGUAUCAGGUAGUAAUAGUAAAAGAAAUGAAAUUAGUUCACGUUAUUCAAAUUAUCUUUUAUUACAUUUCUAUCGUUGGAUUAGCUCGACCAAUUCAAAACUUUAUGAUCCUAUCCUUUAUCGUACUUUACAUCAAUUAAUGAAAAAAGUUUUCAUUCAAUUGAUUUUCGAAUUUAAAAAAUUGGGUAGUAAAAUAGUUUAUGCAAAUUUCAAUAAGAUUAUCAUUUGUUCUCAAAAGGAUUCAAUUGAAGAUGCUCGUUCUUAUUGUAACUAUAUCUUGGCUGUAAUUAAAAAGAAAGAAUUAUUUAGUUGGAUUAAUUUUAAACAAACAAAUUAUUAUCAUAAUUUAUUAUGGUUAAAUAAUUCAAAUUAUUCUGGUAUUUUAUAUUUUAAUCCAUUAAUUAAUAAAAAUCAACAACAACAACAACAACAACAAGAUAAUGCUGAUGAUGACGAUGAUGAUGAUGUAUCUGAAAAUGAAGAAGAGCAACAACAGAAUAAAAAUAAAAAAUUAAAAAAAAUUAAAAAUGGUAAAAUCAUAACCAAUUGGAAUAUUGCAGAAUUUUUACCACCACAAAUUCAAACUUCUUUCAUUAUUAUCAUUUCAGAUUAUAUUUAUAAAUUGCAUACUGAAAGAGAUGAAUUAAAUAGAAUUCAAAAAGAACAACAACAAAGAUAUUUAUUAAAACAAAAAAUUAGUACAACUUCCUCCUCCUCUAAUAAUGAUUCAACCGCAGCAACAACAACAACUACAAAAGAUACUAUUAAUGAACCAACUAAACCAGAUUUAAGAAAAAGUUCAACUUGGAAUGAAGAAGAGGAUGAAGAUAUUAGUAUUCCACCAUCUUCAUCAUCAUCAACAACUACAACUACAUCAAAAACAAAGAAAGCUACAUCUAAAUUUGAUUUAUUAAUUGAUGUUAAUCGUAUUUUUACAUUAUUGGAUCAUUUCCAAGUUAAUCAAUCAUCAUUAGAAUUUCCACAAUUACCAGGUGGUUAUUUGAAAUUAAAUAAUCCACCAUUAGAAUUCAUUAAAUUCGUUUGUCAUGUAUUAUCAAUUGAUAAAUCAAUCUCAUCAAGAGUAUCACGUUUAAGAAUGAAAUUAAUGACAUCAAUGAAAGUUAGAGAAUUCUCUGAUGAAGCUAAAUUCAAAGAUCCAUGCGUGUCUUUCACUUUACCUGAUGUAAUUUGUUCAUCUUGUCAUUCAUGUAGAGAUAUUGAUUUAUUAAGAAAUACAAAUACAACUUCUAUCUCUUCAAGAUUAUCUUCUCAACAAAAGAGUAACAACAAUGACAGUGAUGAUAGUGAUGAUGAUAAUGAAGAAAAUGAAGGUGAUGAUGACAAUAUUAUUAGAGUUCCAGAAUUAUCUUGUAUUCAAUGUAAAGGUCAUUAUUCUAAAAAUACUAUCGAAAGUCAAUUAGUUGAAAUCAUUCAAAGACGUUCAUUAUCUUAUCAAUUACAAGAUUUAAGAUGCUCAAAAUGUAAUGAUGUUAAAUCUGAUAACCUUGGUGAUAUUUGUCCACAAUGUUCUGGUCAAUGGGAAUGUACUCAAUCAAAUAAUUUAUUUUCUAAAGAUUUAAUUAUCUUUAAAAGUAUUGCAGAAUAUCAUAAUUUUGAAUGGUUAGGUGAGACUGUUGAUUCAUUAUCCAAAUUUAUUUAA